GUUGGCGCACCUACAUGUGUGUAUAUAAUAAAAUUUAUUUAAAUUUAUAAUAUUGAUAAUUUCGUUAUUAUCUAAUUGUCUAUAAGAUAGUCCAUUGUCGAUUGCGCUCACAACGUAAAAAUGUUCAGCGGCAAAUGCACGAGCUCGGCCAGGCUGGACGGCAAAACCGCCAUCGUUACAGGUGCGAACACGGGCAUCGGCAAAGUCACAGCCAGGCAGUUUUACACACUCGGUGCAAAGGUCAUAUUGGCGUGCCGGGACGUCAGAAAAGCGGAACAGGCCGUAUCGGAAAUCGUGGCUGAAGUAAAAGGCGACGGCCUCGGACAACUGAUAGUGGAAGAAUUAGAUUUAGCGUCUUUCGCGUCGAUCAAACGUUGCGCAAAAAGUAUUUUACAAAAGGAAAAACAAAUUCAUCUGUUGGUGAACAACGCCGGCGUAAUGACUUGUCCCAAAGGAAAAACUCAAGACAGUUUCGAAACUCAAUUUGGUGUAAAUCACUUGGGACACUUUCUGUUUACAUCUCUCCUCUUGCCAAGAAUCCGAAAUUCGACACCCGCCCGAAUCAUUAACGUGUCGUCAAUGGCACAUACGAGGGGUUCGAUCAAUUUUGAAGACAUCAACUCCGACAAGAAUUAUUCGGCUAUUGCGGCUUAUAGUCAAAGUAAACUGGCCAAUGUGCUGUUCACGAAAGAAUUGGCGCGUAGACUCGAAGGAACCGGAGUUCAUGUAUACAGUCUACAUCCGGGAAUCGUGAAUACCGAAUUACCUAGAACAGUAGACCAAGUGUUCUUUCCAGGCAUGUGGCUGUUAGGCCGUAUUAUUCUUUAUCCAUUUGUUAAGACUCCAGAACAAGGAGCUCAGACUACUUUGCACUGUUCAAUAGACGAAAAGGCUGGAGAGGAAACAGGACUUUAUUACAGCGAUUGUAAGGCGAAAGAACCAUCGGCGUUAGCAAAAGACCCAGAGCUGGCAAAAAAACUUUGGGUAAAAAGUAUGGAAAUGGUCGGUUUAAAUGAUUACGACAUGUUCAACUGCAGCGGAGACACACUUCCUGAACCAUUAAAAAAUGCUUGAAUCGUAAAUGCUAACAUGUAUUUUUUAAAUGUUUUAUUUUUUUUUUAAUACAAUAAAUAUUUUACAUUCCUGU